AUGAUCCACGAUUCUCUUGGUGGUAUUCUCAGACAGCGGUGGAUAAAUGGACAUGUCACCCUUCACUCUGACAUCGUCUCGGAGUCGAUUUCUGCGGCUCCAAUCACCAAACAGUCGAAUAGUACCACAAAAUUCUCGGGAGACAACAAUGGGGGGUUUCAGCUGGGGGCCAAUAAUGGGACGAUUAGGGAUAUCGUCUUCAGCAACAAGGCAGACGACAACUGUUUGAAGGACCUGCGCUUGACUGAUCCCCGCGAUGACAGAAAACGAAUCACGGUCACGAAGGGCGGCCUGCUGGAGGGCUCCUCCAAAUGGAUCCUCGACCACCCUGACUUCCGACGCUGGCGCGAUGACGAUCAGAGCCGACUGCUUUGGAUAAAGGGUGACCCGGGCAAGGGAAAGACGAUGUUGCUGAUUGGCAUCAUCGACGAAUUGGAGCGACAGGCCGUCCAACCCAGGCUGGCGGGACAAUCGACUUUUCACGCCACUGUCCUCACAUACUUCUUCUGUCAGGGCACCGAUUCGAACCUUAAUAACGCGACCGCAGUGCUGAGAGGUCUGAUAUUCCUCCUCGCAAUCCAACAGCCGUUGCUCGCCUCGCAUCUGCGUAAAGAAUACGAACACUCUGGCAAUAAGCUUUUUGAGGGUGGCAAUACGUUCUUCGCCCUGUCAAGGGUCCUUAGUGGAAUGCUACAAGACCCUACCCUAGAGAGGACAUAUAUCAUUAUCGACGCACUCGACGAGUGCGAGACUGGCCUGCAGCAGCUUUUGAACCUUUUUGUCGAAAAUACGUCUGCUUCCCGGGUCAAGUGGAUUGUCUCUAGCCGCAAUAGUCCCGAAGUCGAGCUGGAGCUUCAUGACUCGCACAUAAAGCUGAGCCUCGAGUUUAAAGCUAACGCAGAGCAUGUAUCACGUGCUGUUGGCGUUUAUAUUGACGAAAAGGUGUUACAACUGAAGUCAAUACGGGAUAACGAUGUACGUCAGCAAGUAAAAAACAUCCUACGUCAGAAAGCCGGUGGCACAUUCCUCUGGGCGGCCCUCGUGAUCAAAGAGCUUGAACAAGCUAAGCCUUGGGAUGUGCUGCCUGUGCUCGAGGAGGUACCAACGGGAUUAGAAGAGCUGUAUGCCCGAAUGGUGGAGAAGAUCCAACAGCUAAAGCGGGAUAACCCGGUAUACUGUCGACUCAUGCUUUCGGCGGCUAUACUAGCAAAUCGUCCACUCCAUUUACUUGAACUGGCUGUCCUAUCCAGGCUACCGAAAGACAUUUCAAGCAACUCCGAGACUGUUCGAGAAUUUUUGAUCAUGUGCGGCUCAUUCCUCAUUAUACAAGAUGACCGAGUCUACAUUAUUCACCAGUCGGCCAAGAACUACUUGAGCGAUAAGGCAACCGCCAUAAUCUUUCCCUCCGGUCGACCAGAGGCCCACCACAAUAUGUUUCUCCGCUCAAUGCAAGCUAUGUCAGUGACACUCAAGCGGGACGUGUACGGCCUGCGCCAUCCCGGGUUCUUGAUCGACGAUCUCAGGAUACCCGUUCUAGAUCCGUUAGCGUCUAUACGGUACUCUUGCAUCCACUGGGUUGACCACCUGAUUAAGUACUGUCAUGGCAACAACGCAAUAGAAGAGCUCCAGGAAAGUGGCCUUAUCGCCCGUUUUUUCUGUCAGGACUACCUGCAUUGGCUCGAGGCUCUGAGUCUGUCAAGGAGCUUAUUCGAGGGGAUAGCGUCGUUGUUGAAACUGGAAAGCUUUCUGAAGACCCUCGAGGGUCAUACCAGAAAUGUCAACUCGGUUCUUUUCUCCCAUGAUUCUCAGCUUCUUGCCUCAGCUUCAGACGAUAAAACCGUCAAGGUAUGGGAUGCUAGCAGCGGGCAAUGCUUACAGACCCUCGAGGGUCAUACCAGCAAUGUCAACUCGAUUACCUUCUCCCAUGAUUCUCAGCUUCUUGCUUCAGCUUCAUACGAUAAAACCGUCAAGGUGUGGGAUGCUAGCAGCGGGCAAUGCUUACAGACCCUCGAGGGUCAUACCAGCAGUGUCAACUCGGUUACCUUCUCCCAUGACUCUCAGCUUCUUGCUUCAGCUUCAUACGAUAAAACCGUCAAGGUGUGGGAUGCUAGCAGCGGGCAAUGCUUACAGACCCUCGAGGGUCAUACCAGCAAUGUCAACUCGGUUACCUUCUCCCAUGACUCUCAGCUUCUUGCCUCAGCUUCAGACGAUGAAACCGUCAAGGUAUGGGAUGCUAGCAGCGGGCAAUGCUUACGGACCCUCGAGGGUCAUACCGACAAUGUCAACUCGGUUACCUUCUCUCAUGACUCUCAGCUUCUUGCCUCAGCUUCAGGGGACGAAACCGUCAAGGUGUGGGAUGCUAGCAGCGGACAAUGCCUACAGACUAUUGUUUUUAACCAAGUCGCCACAAUAAAAUCAUUCGAUACUCACACUGGAUCUAUUGAACUUGAUAUUGGUACCACUCGCCUUUCCUCUGAUUCAAAUAGCACGCCUACCAUCCCCAAUCCUCAAUACCCGCAAUUCCAAGGAUUGGGCAUCAAUUCCGAUAGAACCUGGAUCACUUGGAACUCGGAAAAUCUACUGUGGUUGCCACCCGAAUACCGACCAGUGGCUUAUACCGUGUCACUUUCAAAAGUGACUUUUGGCUGUAGUUCGGGACGGGUGUUUUUUUUCAACUUCAAUGCCAACAUUCCAUCAUAUUUCUGUGCCGGGUCUUAA